CUAAAGAUGGCGGCAGGGACUCUGUACACAUAUCCACAAAACUGGAGAGCCUCCAAGGCUCAGAUUGCAGCCCAGUACAGCGGUGCCUGCCUCAAGGUGGCCAGCAGCGCCCCUGCCUUCACUUUCGGGCAGACGAACCGUACCCCCGCCUUCCUCAACAACUUCCCCUUGGGCAAGGUUCCAGCUUUUCAGGGCGAUGACGGCUUCUGUCUAUUCGAGCGUAAUGCCAUUGCUCACUACCUGAGCAAUGAGGCCCUGCGUGGCAGCAGUCCCCAGGCCCAGGUGCUUCAGUGAGUAAGCUUUGCUGAU